AGGACGAGUCCGAUGACGAGGCGGAGGAGCGGUUCGUGCGUCUGAAGGCGCGCCGUGAGGCGGUCGUGCUCAUGGAGCCGCGGGAGGUUGCCCUGCUGCUGCGCGGCGUGCCUCGGGAGGAGGCGGGGCAGCUGCUGGUGCUGAUGGGCGAGGAGAAGAGCGCCGGCGCCUUGGCGGCCAUGUCGCCCGAGGAUCGCGCCGAGAUAGCCGCGGCGGUGCCUGCUGGCGUGGCGAAGGCGCUCGGACUCUCGGCGGCGCCGCCGGUGGCCUCGCCGGGCGGCCAGCCGGAGCAGGCGACUAUCGCCAGCUGGCCAGAGGCUGCGGACCGCGAGGCCCCCGAGGAGCCCAGCGGCGCCCGCCCGGCCGUCCAGGCCGAGGCUUCCGGGGGCGACCAGCUGGGCCGAGCCGAGCCGGAGGCCGCCGUGGCGCCUGCCGGGGCGGUGGAGGUGCCCGCCUGCCGCCCGCCGCAGUCGCCCGAGGCCGAGGCCGCCGAGGCGCUCGCCGACGGGGGCCAGCCGGCCACCGCAGGCGCCGCGGAGCCGGCAUCGGGCACGUCGGCAGCCGACGAGGCCGAGGCGCCCGCUGCUGCCUGCCAGCCGGCCGCCGCGGGCGCCGGGGCGGUGGCGGCGGAGCCGCCAGCGGCCUCCCAGGCCGAGGCUUCUGAGGCGUGCGCCGCUGCCGACCAGCCGGCCGCCGAGUCGGCAGCGGCGCCAGCCGGGGGCCUGCUGGUUGCCGCCGGGGCCGAAGCCCCCGUGGCGUCCGCCAUCGCCCAGCCCGCCGCCGUCGAGGCAGAGGCCUGCCAGGCUUCCGAGGUCUCCGAGGCUUUUGAGGCCUCGGAGGCCUCCGAGGGGCUUGUGGCCUGCCGGCCUACUGGCGCCGAGGCUGAGGCCAUUGGACAACCCAGGUGCUACGAGUCGCUUGCGCUGCGGCAGGCGGCAUAUCAAAGUUAA